UGGCAAUUCGUGAGUUCCUCCUGACCGGACGGCAGUAGAAGUGUAGAACGCUUGGAUUUUUGACAACAACAAAACAAAAUGUUUCGCCGCACCGUUUGUUGGAGGCUACACACGGAGCAUCCUUGGUCCGCGGAAAUCGGAGAUCGUGGGGGGUGGGAGGAGCCGUUAACCGCCCCGCGUUCGUGCGCACGCGCCCCUUGGGAAUAAAAGCCGUCCAUCGGAUCGACAUCGGACGCCCCCCACAGCGCCACGUGCGCCACUCGCUCGCCCCCGCCUGGGCCCCAUAAGGACCACGACGACGCAGCCGCUCUCCCCGGAAGGCCGGAACACUUCCUCCUACGAGAUCGCUUAGCGUCGAGGCAAUGGCUCGAGCACCUGGCGGCGCCCGCCGGCGGGGCGGAGGCAGCGGCAGGAGGGGCCAGGCGGACGGGGGCCAGGCGGUGCGCAAGGGCCACUGGACGGCGGAGGAGGACGCGGUGCUGCUGAGGCACGUGCUCGUGCACGGCCCCCGGGACUGGAGCUCCAUUCGAUCCAAAGGCUUCCUGCCGCGCACGGGCAAGUCCUGCCGCCUCCGCUGGGUGAACAAGCUCAGGCCAGACCUCAAGACUGGCUGCAAGUUCUCCGCAGAGGAGGAGCGGGUGGUGCUGGAGCUGCAGGCGCAGUUCGGGAACAAAUGGGCGAGGAUCUCCACCUACUUGCCGGGCAGGACGGACAACGACGUGAAGAACUUCUGGAGCACCCGCCAGAAGCGGAUCGCCAGGCUGCUGGGAACGCCUCCCCGCGGCCGGUCCAGCAGGAGCCGGAGCCGCAGCGCCAAGGGCAAGGCGCCUGUUGUUGCCUCCUCUCUCGAGUCACGACCCGCCACCGUGCUUGAAUUUGGUGUCACUGGGGAUGACGAUUUUCUUAAACAUGGAUCCCUGAUGCGUCGUCAGGUUCCCUGCCUGGAUGAAGUUCCAUUGGAGGGCAGCUCAUCCGGUGUUGUCCACCCAUGCAGCGCAGCAACACCAUUCAUGGAGACGCGCAGCGUCAGUGCCGCACUAGCCCCGUAUGAUUGGGCAGGCUCCGGGCUUUUCAGUUUCGACGACGGAGCACUGCCGCUGGCCUGCAACAGCCACGCGUGCUCGUCAUCGAACGCUGCCGCACUGCUGCCGUUCGACCAGCCUCCGUACCCUCUGCUCGACGUCCAAGUCCAAGGGGUACCGGCGGGCUGGAACUGGAACAUGGCUCCUGGGUUUGCCAACGCCGGCGCUACGGAUCAUCUCGCCUACCAGGAGCUGCUCCCGUUGACGCAAGCCGCCCCAAUGGUACUCCCGUUCUUCGACGCGGAGUACCCGCUCGGCGGCGUCAAGGCCGAGCUUCCGGACGCCGCGCCCGAUAACUUCGACGACCUGCCGCCAGACGUGUUCGACUCCUUCGACCAGCCGCCCCCGCCAGUGUCACCGCCUGCGACUAGCUCUGGGUUUUGACAUUGGGCGAUUGGCCUUUCUUGUCGACGAGUGCCGUGGUUGCCAAUCCUGACAUUGAUCAUUGUUUUUCUGGUUUUGCAUUCGCCUGUUCUGACGGUGCUGACAAGUACUGGUGGCCAUUUGAAAGCUCUGUAGCCUUUUGUAGGUUGCAGCCGACUGACUUGUAAGCAUUGGACAUGGAAACUGCACUGUUUGUAAGCAUAGUUGCAAGACGCAUUAGGUACUAAUCAUCUGUCUGUGAUAUAUGUAAAAGCUUACUAUGUGCUCUAAGAUCGGUAUCAGAGAG